AUGGACUAUAAUAGGAUGAAUUCCUUUUUAGAGUACCCACUCUGUAACCGGGGACCCAGCGCCUACAGCGCCCACAGCGCCCACAGCGCCCCUACCUCCUUCCCCCCCAGCUCGGCUCCGGCUGUUGACAGCUACGCAGGCGAGACCCGCUAUGGUGGGGGACUGCCCAGCCCCGCGCUCCAGCAGAACUCAGGCUAUCCCACCCAGCAGCCGCCUUCGGCGCUCGGGGUGCCCUUCCCCAGCUCGGCGACCUCAGGGUACGCCCCUGCCGCCUGCAGCCCCAGCUAUGGGCCCUCUCAGUACUAUCCUCUGGGCCAACCGGAAGGAGAUGGAGGCUAUUACCAUCCUUCGAGCUAUGGGGCCCAGCUAGGGGGCUUGUCCGACGGCUAUGGAACCGGUGGAGCGGGCCCCGGGCCGUACCCUCCCCCGCAGCCCCCUUUCGGGAACGAGCCGACGGCGAGCUUUGCAUCGGCCUAUGCUGAACUCCUCUCGGAGGACAAGGAGUCGCCCUGCCCGUCAGAACCCAGCACCCCCACGGCCCGGACCUUCGACUGGAUGAAGGUUAAGAGGAACCCACCCAAGACAGCGAAGGUGUCCGAGCUGGGCCUGGGCGCGCCCGGCGGCCUCCGCACCAACUUCACCACGCGGCAGCUGACCGAGCUGGAGAAGGAGUUCCAUUUCAACAAGUACCUGAGCCGUGCCCGGAGGGUGGAGAUCGCCGCCACCCUGGAGCUCAACGAGACGCAGGUCAAGAUUUGGUUCCAGAACCGGCGCAUGAAGCAGAAGAAGCGCGAGCGGGAGGGAGGCCGGGUGCCCACAGCCCCUCCGGGCUGUCCCAAGGAGGCGGCUGGAGACGCCUCCGACCAGUCGACGUGCACGUCCCCGGAGGCCUCGCCCAGCUCCAUCACCUCCUGA